AAUUGCAAUUUAUUUGCAGUGUUGUGUUUUGUUUACAAAGCCCGUCGAGCUAUUUUUAUGCUAAAAUGGGUGAAAAUAGUGAGAAUUCUGCUAUAGAUCCAAAUAUUUGUCGAAUUUGUGAAGGAUCAAAGUACCUAAUUGAUAUUUUGGCCACGGAAAAUCAACAAUUAUACAAGAAGCUCAGUGAACUGGAAGCGGUUCAGGAUGAUAAGGAUUACGAAAUGUUCCAUACAGUCUACAAGUUUGUUUGUACCCGUUGCGAAAACAGCAUUGAAGGGUGGUACGAUUUUAAAACCAAAUGUAUCAGUACUAGAAAAAAACUGAUGAAAAAUUUGGAAAAAGCCAAGACUGAUUUGACCAAUGAAGCUUCUCUAAACAUACCACCAGAUCCUCUAAGUCCUACAAAUCGAAUUAGUCCAAUUCCUUCAUCUGAACCCAUCGAUCAUAACUAUUCUGCUAGAAUGAAGAGUGAAGAUGACAAUGAAGAUAAGUAUUUUGAAGAUGAACAUAGGGAAGAAUUCGUAGAAUAUCCUGAGGCUCAGGACAUAUCAGACACACGUAAAAUAGCAGAUCAGACUUCAACUGAGACAUAUUCCAUAAAUGUGGAUGAAAACGAUAGAUAUUUAGGUGAAGAACACAGAGAAAAUGUUUUUGUGGAAGUUGAACCUCAACAUAUUGUAGAGGAUUUUUCAUCAUCCACAGGAGCUUGUCCAGAAAGGGUGACACCGGUAAUGCCGGUAACACAAAACUUGAAAAAGUUUCCUUGUACAGAAUGCAAUAGAUCAUUCAAUAAGAAAAUCUCAUUCGAUAGACAUCGAGUAACACAUCAAACGUACAAAAAUCUCUGUAUUCGAUGUGAACAAACAUUUGACGACAGAACAACUUUAAUUAAACAUGUUCUCUCUGCUCAUGAAAAUUUGAAAAAAUACUAUUGCAAAAACUGCAAUAAAAUAUUUGCCAGUUUGGAUAGCCUGAAUACCCACAUGGAAACUCAUGAAUUAACUCCAAAGUUCAGUUGUCCUAUCUGUAAGAGUACCUUCGUUAGAGUUCGGAGGCUGGAAGAACAUAUUUUAAAAUUUCACACACAAGCCGUUUCUGAUCUAAACAGCCAAAUUUCCACUUUCGUGAAGAAACCCAAUGAACCAGCCGAACUGGCUGAGUCAGACAAGAGAUUGAAGAUGUGUUACAAAUGUGGGGAGCUGUAUGUGAGGAAGAAGUUCAGAAAAGUAGGUUCAAAUGAGGAAAUUACUUGUGCUAUUUGCCUCGAAGCUUUUGCAACGAUGGAUAAGCUCAAGGAACAUAUGAUAAGUCAUAUGGCAGACAAGAGAUACAAAUGCCCUGGUUGUCCGAAAUCCUUUACAGAGAAAAGGAAGUGGAAAAUGCAUUUAGAAACUCACUUUGGAAAUAAGAAAUUCAAAUGUGGAAAUUGCGAAUAUGGUUUUACGAGAAAAUUUCAACUAGAGGAACAUUUGAGAGACUUUCACAGAAAUCCACCUAUAGCAGAAUCUUCGGAAAAAGAGGUUGUGACCAUUGUGACCCAAUUGACUGAAGCGGUAGGAACGGUAGGAACGAUAGAAGAAAUGGAUGUUGAUGAAGAUAUUAUUGAAGAAAUUAUAGAAGAUCCUAAUUAAAACCUUAAAUAAAAUGAAUAUUAAGAGAAAAAA